GAUCAAGAAAGAGAGACUCGUCUGUAAUGGGUUGUUUUCUUGCUUGUUUUGGGUCUUCCAAGGAUGCCAAACGCCAGAAACAGAGGAUCCAUGUACUCCCUCGAGACCAGAGGAAUGGAAGUUUCAAGCCUGUGCAAUCCAUUGUCUCUCAGAAACAGGGGAGCAUAGAACAACCCAUCAGCCUGGUUUCAGAGAUACGGGAGAAGCCGGAGGAACAAUUGAGCUUCGCUGCAAGAAAGAAAGUUACAUUCGAUUCAAAUGUGAGAACCUAUGAGCCUAUCUCAGUACAUGGAAGUAUUGAAUCUUUACCAGAGAGCACUGGGGAGAAGGCGACGGAGGAAAACUUGGCAAAAUCAAGCCGAUCCAAUUUACUGUCAGACGAUGAUUCAAACACAUCUAGCUUGGGGUCUUAUCCCCCAAAUCAUCGAUACCAGAAUUGCGCACAGAGUGAUGAUGAAGAGGAUGAAAUGCAGUACGAGGACAGUGAUCUAGAUGAUGAGGACGAUGAAUACAAUGAUUCUGAUGAGGAAGAUAAUGACAUCUUAGGAUCAAAGACUAGAAUUUCUCCAGCUCAAGUGAUUACAGAGGAGGUUGAUCCCAAAGCCAUAUGUCCUUCCCCUCAAAGGGAACUGAAAACAAUUGGGGCAAACCCAAACGCAAGGGAUAGAAGCACAUAUGUUCAUCCUGUACUAAACCCUGUUGAAAAUCUUACUCAAUGGAAAGCUGUGAAAGGAAAAGGGACACCACCAUUGAAGCUGCAGAAGGAGAAUCUCACAUCAGAUAAAGAACCACCAAGGCUUUCAUUCAGCAUGGAGCCCAAUUUUAAGCAAUCAUCAUUCAGCAACAAAUCAAAAAUCAAUGAACCUGAGAACCUGAACCAGGAAAUAGCAGUCAAUGCAAGCCUUUCUACCUGGUUGGUUUCAUCUGAAACCACACCCACCAACAAGACUAGCCCCAUUGGUGUUGUUGAUACUAUUUCAUAUCAGAAAGGCGCGUCUUACACUUCAAACUCACCUAGAAGCCAAGAAGAUCGGCCUAUUUUGGGCGCAUUAACCUUGGAAGAGAUCAGACAAUUCUCUGCAUCUAAUUCGCCUAGAAGGUCACCAACUCGAAGCCCUGAUGAUAUGCCAAUUCUAGGCACUGUUGGGACCUACUGGAGCCACACAGGACCAGCUAAGGACUCUGAUUCAGCCUCAUACAAAGGAAUACCAAACACAACCAGCAAGUACAGAGAGGACAAGAGAGUGAAUUGGCACUCUACCCCAUUUGAGGCAAGGUUGGAAAAAGCAUUGAGCAAAGGUGUUCCUGAAGCUUAACUCUCUACUCAUCCUCCUUGUGUAUGAUGUAAGGCAAGCUUGUGGAGAGGUUUUUUUGGAUUAUUGUUCUGUGUGUCUAUUUCAUAAGGUUCAUCAUCUCAUAUAUGUCAUCUUUGUGUGAAUGUGAUGCCUUUUUUCUGUGUACUUGUGUUGUAAUUCCUUAUUGGUUUCAAUCAACAGUCAAUAAAAUAGAGUUUAUUUGUCUAA